AUGGCUUCCAGAUCCAGCAUCGACAAGGGAUCAAAGGUUGAUAUCGCAGCCUUCCAACCCACGGCUAUUGACACCAUUCCUGGCACUUGCUCCACUGUGCGCUCCUCCUUCCGCACCCUCAAGACCAAGGACCUGGAGUAUCGCAAGGUGCAGCUUCGUAAGCUGUACUGGGGUAUCAAGGACCAUGGCGCCGAGCUUGAGGAGGCCUUGAUGCGCGACCUGCGAAAGUCCGCGUACGAGUCCAGGUUCACAGAGAUCGACUGGACCGCCAACGACUGCAUGUUCAUGCUUGACAACCUCGACAACUUCGCCAAGGAUGAGUUCCUUGGAAGCCCCCUCGUCCCCUUUGUCUUCAAGCCUAACAAGGUGCGCAUCCACAAGGAGCCCCUAGGCAGUGCCCUCAUCAUCGGCACCUACAACUUCCCCUUCAUGCUCACCAUGGUGCCUCUGGUCGGCGCCAUCGCGGCCGGAUGCACUGCUGUGUUGAAGCCCUCCGAGGGCUCUCCAAAUGUCGCCAUGGUCAUCAAGAAGAUCGUGGAGUCCAGCUUGGAUCCCGAAUCCUACCGCGUCGUGAACGGCGCGGUCCCAGAGACCACCGCUUUGCUCGAGCAGAAGUGGGACAAGAUCUUCUACACCGGCAACGCCAACGUCGCCCGCAUCAUCUGCAAGAAGGCAGCCGAGAGCCUGACCCCAGUCACCCUCGAACUCGGCGGCCGCAACCCGGCCUUUGUCACCCGCAACGCCGAUCUGAAGCUGGCCGCAAAGCGGCUGCUCUGGGGCAAGACUCUCUGUGCUGGCCAGGUUUGCCUCUCCCAGAACUACGUGCUGGUGGAGCGCGAGGUAGUGGACGAUUUUAUCAAGCAGCUUAAUGCUGCCAACAAGCACGCGUUCCCCAAGGGCGCCAAGGAGAGCCCUGACCUGUGCCGUGUCGUCAACGAGAGGCACUUCCUGCGCAUGAAGAAGAUGGUGGAUGAGAGCAAGGGUAAGAUCGUCAUGGGCGGCGAGAUGGACCAGUCAGAGCUGUUCAUUGCGCCCACGGCGGUGCUGGUCGACUCGGUAGACGACAGCAUGAUCAGAGAGGAGUCCUUCGGGCCUGUCUUCUCCAUCAUUCCCUUCGACAACCUCGGCCACGCGAUUGAUAUUGCCAACAACGUAGACCCCACCCCUCUGGCCCUGUUCGGCUUCGGCACAAAGGAAGAAUUCAACAAGCUGAUCAACGCAGUCACCUCGGGCGGCGCGACGUGGAACGACUCCUUCAUGCACGCGUCGAUCCAGAACGUGCCCUUCGGCGGCGUGGGCGAGUCCGGGACGGGCAACUACCGCGGCAAGGCCUCGUUCGACGCCUUUACGCACCAGCGCAGCAUCGCCGAGACGCCUGCCUGGGCCGAGGCGACCCUGCGCGUGCGCUACCAGCCCUACGACUGGAGCCAGCUGAACAUGCUCAAGAUGCUGACCGAGGCGAGGCCCAACUUCGACCGCAGCGGCCGCGUCGUGCGCGGCCUCGCCUACUGGGUCAAGGUGGUCCUGGGCCUGGGCACGGCGGAGAAGAAAGGUGCGUUACUGAGGUGGUUGGUCGUGGCCCUGGGGUGGUAUUAUCUGACCGGUGGGAAGGCGGCGAGUAGGCUUUGA